AUGGGUGUCAAACGACCGCAUGAAGGAGACGCAAAGUCUUCUCUCAAGAAACAAAAAAGUCGAUUUGCUAUCGGUCCUGCCAACCUACCCGAUGGUACCCAUAGACGGAAAAUCGAAAAGAUUAAGAAAGGCCUCAUCAACAAGGCAAAGCUGAAGAAGCAGUACGCAAAGCUCAAGGCUCGCGAAGAAAACGAAGCGACGACGCCGCGCAAGUCCGUCUACGAUCGCGAAUCUGCCUACGACAAUGAAGACGAGAACGAGAGUGAGAAAGAGGCGUCUACCGAGCCUGUACCAGAGCCCACUCUGGAGCCGCAUCCUGAUCGCGUCGCAAUGCUAGAAGAGAAGUCACCCGAGCCAGAACCCAGGCAGAACUUCGAGAGACGGCAGCGGCGACCACGCCCACAGCCCUUUCUGAAAGAGACCGAAGUAGCACAAAAAAAGAGGGAGGAGAUUGAGGCGCGGCAAAGAGCGAGGGAGGAAGCAGACAAGGAGCGUGCGAAGAAAGUCGCUGAGCGCGAGCGCUUCAGAAAAACUAUGGCCAAAGCGAGGGGGCCGAAUGGACAGAGGAAAUUGGGGCGAGAGAGUACAGUUCUGCUUGCUAAAGCACAGAGGCUUAUGGGCAAGACCUGA